CAUUCCAGCAUAUUCAGGACAUUGUGGUCAGUCUCCUCAGGACCAUCAACCGUACGGUCAUUACCAUGGGUCGUGAGCAUGCCCUGAUCUCCAGGGUGGUGGCCUGUAUGACGGCCACUCUGAGUCAGAUGGAUGACAGACACUAUUCCCGCUACCUAGAGACCUUCUCAGGCACCACCGACCUCGUGGACUUCCUGAUGGAGACGUUCCUACUGUUCAAGGAACUGAUUGGGAAGCACGUCUAUCCCUCGGACUGGAUGGCCAUGAUCAUGGUGCAGAACAGGGUGUUCCUCAGAGCCAUCAACACCUACGCUGACACCAUGAACCUCAAAUUCCUCAACAACAAUGACUUUGAAGUGCAGUUGUGGAAUAAUUACUUCCAUUUGGCUGUGGCAUUCAUUACCCAAGAGUCAUUGCAACUGCAGCACUUCUCUCCAACCAAGAGGAACAAGAUCCUGGCAAAGUAUGGAGACAUGAGGAGACUCAUCGGUUUUGCCACACGGGACAUGUGGUACAAACUGGGUGGGAAUAAGAUCUGUUUUAUCCCUGGGAUGGUGGGUCCUAUCCUGGAGAUGACUCUGAUUCCUGAGGAAGAGCUGAGACGAGCCACCAUCCCCAUCUUCUUCGACAUGAUGCAGUGUGAACACAAACUCUCCACGCACUUCCAAAAGUUUGAAAAUGAGAUCAUUCUGAAGCUGGAUCAUGAGGUGGAGGGAGGAGGAGGAGAUGAGAGAUACAUGGAGCUACUGGAAACCAUACUGUUGGAGUGUGUUGUGGAGCAUCCCUUGUUAAGGCCAGAGGUCGAGCACUUCGUUGACUUGGUGAAGGGACUCCUGGUGCGUCUCCUUGACUACCGCACGGUGAUGAGCGACGACAGCCGCAACAACCGCAUGAGCUGCACUGUCAAUCUCCUGAAUUUCUACAAGGACAUCAACCGUGAAGGGAUGUACAUCAGAUACCUCUACAAGCUGAGAGACCUUCACAUGGCUGUGGAAAACUACACAGAGGCUGCAUACACCCUGUUGCUUCACUCUCGCCUGCUCAAGUGGUCAGAGGACCAGUGCAGUCCCCAGUUUGAGCUGCGUAGCUGUCAGACCCAGCGCCAGCAGAAGGAGAAUCUCUAUGAAACCAUCAUCGGGUACUUCGACAAGGGCAAGAUGUGGGAGGAAGCUAUAACUCUGUGUAAGGAGCUGGCUGACCAGUACGAGAUGGAAGUGUUUGAAUACGAGCUGCUCAGCCAGAGUCUGAAGCAGCAGGCUAGGUUCUAUGAGAACAUUAUGACGAUCCUGAGGCCCAAGCCAGACUACUUUGCUGUGGGCUACUACGGACAGGGUUACCCUCCCUUCCUCAGGAACAAGGUGUUUAUUCACCGGGGGAAGGAGUACGAGCGUAGAGAAGACUUCCAGAACCAGUUGAUGAGCCAGUUCCCCAGCGCUGUCCGUCUCAAUAUCACCACCAUGCCUGGAGACGACGUCAGACUCUCCCCUUUGCAGUACAUCCAGUGUUUCACUGUUCAGCCUGUCCUGGAGAUCCCAUCUCGCUUGAAGAGCAAACCUGUCCCUGACCAGAUCAUCAACUUCUACAAGUCCAACUACGUGCAGCGUUUCCACUACUCCAGACCAGUGAGGAAAGGCCCAGUGGAUCCCAGCAAUGAGUUUGUUUCCAUGUGGAUUGAGCGCACCACGUUCACCACAGUGUAUAAACUCCCUGGGAUCCUGCGCUGGUUUGAGGCCACAGACAUGAAACAUACCACCAUCAGUCCUCUGGAGAAUGCCAUAGAGACCAUGCAGAGCACCAAUGACAAGAUCCUCACCCUAAUCAACCAAUACCAGGCCGACGACGCCCUUCCCAUCAACCCUCUCUCCAUGCUGCUCAACGGCAUUGUGGACCCUGCCGUCAUGGGGGGCUUCGCCAAGUACGAGAAGGCUUUCUUCACUGAGGAGUACAACUUGCAACACCCAGAGGACCGAGAAAAGCUGGAUAGUCUCAAAGACCUCAUCGCAUGGCAGAUCCCGUUGCUGGGUGGGGGAAUCUCUCUACAUGGGAAGAGAGUGACAGACGACCUACGACCUUUCCACGAGCGCAUGGAGGAGUGCUUCAAGCAUAUGAGGAAGAAGGUGGAGAAGGAGUACGGAGUGAGGGAGCUGCCGGAUAUGGAUGGGAGGAAGUCAAGUCGCCCGCGCUCUGUCCUUCGCUCCUUCCGUCAGUCCGUCAUCUCCAUCUCUUCCCUCCAGGGGUCUGAGUGUGGGACCCCCACCAAACCUUAUCCAGACGGUGGUCUCCCUGACAUGGCGGCCCCCCAGACCCCCACCCUGCAGCGCUCCAGUGGGAGUGUGAGCAUGGGGGAUGAGGGAGGGGCAGAGGGGGAGGUUAAACUCAGGAACUCCAAGAGGAGAAGGAAAAGGAGCAGCAUGAUCUUCAUCCCAGAGGAGAGAGACAGGACCAACACUCUGGACAGCAAAUGGCUGUCCAAGAAGCAGGAGUUCCGCAGUGACACCAACUUGUCUGAACCUGGCGCUCAAGAAAAUGUCUUUCUCACCAACGCCAACUCCAGAUCUCUGCCUGCUAUUACAGGUCAGUCUCUGUCUGUGGCCAAUGGUAGUGAGGAGGCGGAGUCAUCCCGGUUCAGAAGGGACAGUAAGAGUAUGUCUGUGUGUCUUCCUGGAGACCGCACUGCUGACAGACGCUCCAAAGGGGUCAUCAACCUGCUCUUCGGGACCAAGAGCAACAAGUCUGAGCAACAGAGCAACAAGUCUGAGCAACAGAGCAACAAGUCGUCUACUGAUCCAAGCAACAGGAAAGCCAGUCAUUUCUAACAGCCAUCCAUCACACAUGAUGUACCCUCAGUGCCUUUUAACCUGCUCUGCUUUGAAUUCCAGUUACCACCAGGGGCUAUUGCCUUGCUGGAAACUCCUCUUUGGAAAGAGCUAUCUGAUCUGUUCUUUUCUUUAUCAGGUUUUAAAGACUUGUUUGCACUCACACAUGCACACAGGCACACACACACAAUGAGAGAGAGGUGGAGGGAAAGGGAGAGAGAGACUGACAGAUUCUCUGAAGAAAUUCAUGCUUUUAAACUUCUGCGCUCAUAUUAUUUUAUAAUAAUUUCAAUAGAGAACAUUUUUUAUUAACUGUCCUUCUUAAAUAAUGGUGUUUGCAAGCAUUCCAUUUAAUUCAAUUGAUGAAUUAAUAAGUAAAGAGAUAUCUGACUCAAUUUCUCCCCAAUGUUUGACAGAGUUGUUUUUUCAAAUGUUAUUAACAAUGUAGCCCUUUCCUGCAUUCAAUGACCGAAAGCACCCUCUUUGGUCUCAUGAGUGGAAUGUUAUUCAUAUUUUUCAUAAUGUC